AUGUACAACGCCCACCGCGGGAUGGUGCCCGCUCCCAACUCUCGCCUGACGGAGUUGCUGGAUCAACUGCGACAGGAGUUCGAGAACCAGUCGCGAAGCACCGGCGAAUAUGAACAUCAGUUGACCGGACAGCUCCAGGAAAUGGAGAUGAUCCGUCAGAAGGUUUACCAGCUGGAGCAGACCCAGAUCAAGAUGAAGCAAGAGUAUGUUUCUAUGAAUGCCCCUACUCUGCUACACCGACUCUUGAUGAUGCUUACUGACAUCUCCCGCGCGCACAAUAGCUACGAAGCCGAGAUCCGAAUGUUGCGACACGAACUUGAAUCUCGCGGCGUGCAGCCCGUCUCUCACAUUGCGCCCGCGCAGCAUACGGGCCCCCAGGCUCAGCCCCCAUCGUUGGGCCACGGCCCUAGCAAUCUAUUCAGCGGUAUCAUGACCAACCCCGGAGGUAGUGGACCCGGUCUUGCCCCUCCCCCUUCCCAGGAUCAGCAGACUGCCCAGCAGAACCUUCAACAGCCUGCCGCGGUUGCCCUAUCUGGUGCGCCGCCGCCCCCGCAGAGCUCAUCUGGAGGAUAUCCGCCUGGCGCUGCUGUGAACGGUUACGGACCUCCUCCCCCUCCGACUGCUUCUCCUGGUCCUGGUAAGGGCCGUCGCCCUGCUCCUGGCCCGGCCACUCCUCAACAGACGCACGUUGCCGCCUAUCCGGACCCUCGCGCUUCGCCGCAGAUUCCUCGUCCGACCCCGCCGAAUCAGUCGAUCGUCCGUACCGAGCGCGUGGGUAAUAUGUUGGCCAACUGGAACCCCGAGGACCUGCCCCCAUCCCAAAAGCGUGAGGGCCAGGACUGGUAUGCUGUAUUCAACCCAGAGGUGCAGCGCGUGCUGGAUGUCGAGCUUGUGCACCACCUCCUUCACGACAGUGUGGUUUGCUGUGUUCGUUUCAGCCGUGACGGCAAGUACCUGGCCACUGGUUGCAACCGCUCUGCUCAGAUCUUCGAUGUGACCACUGGUCAGAACGUGGCUACCCUUCAAGAUGAGAAUGUCGACAAGGAUGGCGACCUCUACAUCCGUAGCGUUUGCUUCAGCCCUGAUGGCAAGUAUUUGGCUACCGGUGCCGAAGACAAGCAGAUUCGGGUUUGGGAUAUCCAGGCGCGCACUAUCAAGCACAUCUUCACCGGUCACGAGCAGGACAUCUAUUCCCUUGACUUUGCCGGCAACGGUCGUUACAUUGCUUCAGGCAGUGGCGACAAGACCGUGCGCCUCUGGGAUAUUCUCGACGGCAAGCUCGUUUACACCCUCAGCAUUGAGGAUGGCGUCACCACGGUGGCUAUGUCGCCCGAUGGUCACUACGUCGCUGCCGGCUCGCUGGACAAGAGCGUGCGUGUCUGGGACACGACCACUGGCUACCUGGUGGAGCGUCUGGAGAACCCUGAUGGCCACAAGGACAGCGUGUACUCGGUUGCCUUCGCGCCCAAUGGCCGCGACCUGGUUAGCGGCAGUCUCGACAAGACUAUCAAGCUCUGGGAGCUUACCGUCCCUCGUGGCAUGCACCCUCACAGCGGCGUGAAGGGCGGCAAGUGCGUUCGGACAUUCGAGGGCCACAAGGACUUUGUUCUUAGUGUUUGCCUGACGCCCGAUGGUCAGUGGGUCAUGAGUGGCUCGAAGGACCGUGGGGUUCAGUUCUGGGAUCCGAUCACCGGCAAUGCUCAGAUGAUGUUGCAGGGCCACAAGAACUCCGUUAUCUCGGUGGCACCCGCCCCAACCGGCAAUCUCUUUGCAACUGGCAGUGGAGACAUGCGUGCACGGAUCUGGAGGUACUCGAACUACACUGGACGGUAA